UGGGUGAAAAGUAAUACUUUUGGAAAAGAGAAAAAAAGGACAAUAGUUAAUAGUAGCAGACAUAGUUGUACCAAUUACAAGUAAAACCCCUAGCAAGAGAGAGAGAAAUCAGUGAUCAUUCAUAGUUGCAAAUUACUCUUAUCAUUCAACAGAUUUCAGAAAUGGAGGUUGGCUUAGCAGUUGGUGGUGCAUUUCUCUCUUCAGCUUUGAAUGUUCUCUUUGAUAGGCUUGCUCCUAACGGUGAUCUGCUGAAGAUGUUUAAGAGGGACAAGUGUGAUGUUCGGCUCUUAAAGAAGCUGAGGAUGACUUUGCUUGGUCUUCAGGCUGUUUUAAGUGAUGCAGAGAUCAAGCAAACAUCAAAUCCAUACGUGAGCCAGUGGCUUAAUGAGCUUCAAGAUGCUGUGGACGGUGCUGAAAACUUAAUAGAAGAAGUCAAUUAUGAGGUUUUGAGACUAAAGGUGGAAGGUCAGCAUCAAAAUCUUGCAGAAACAAGCAACCAGCAAGUAAGUGACCUUAACCUGAGCUUGAGUGAUGAUUUCUUUCUUAACAUAAAGGAGAAGUUGGAAGACACCAUUGAAACAUUGGAGGAGUUGGAAAAGCAAAUUGGUCGCCUUGAUCUAACAAAGUAUCUUGAUUCGGGUAAACAAGAAACAAGGGAAUCUUCAACUUCUGUUGUUGAUGAAUCAGAUAUCUUAGGUAGGCAGAACGAAAUAGAGGGAUUGAUUGACCGUUUGUUGUCUGAGGAUGGAAAGAAUCUGACGGUAGUUCCUGUUGUUGGAAUGGGGGGCGUGGGCAAGACAACACUUGCUAAAGCUGUUUACAAUGAUGAGAAAGUAAAAAACCAUUUUGGUUUGAAAGCUUGGAUCUGUGUGUCUGAACCAUAUGAUAUUCUCAGAAUAACAAAGGAGUUACUUCAAGAAGUUGGUUUAAAGGUUGAUAACAAUCUGAAUCAACUUCAAGUCAAAUUGAAGGAAGCCUUAAAGGGGAAAAAGUUUCUUAUUGUCCUAGAUGAUGUGUGGAAUGAAAACUAUAAAGAGUGGGAUGACUUGAGAAAUCUUUUUGUACAAGGAGAUGUAGGAAGUAAGAUCAUUGUGACGACACGUAAGGAGAAUGUUGCCUUGAUGAUGGGUUGUGGCGCAAUCAACGUGGGAACUCUGUCUAGUGAAGUCUCUUGGGAUCUAUUCAAGCGGCAUUCAUUUGAAAAUAGGGAUCCUGAGGAACAUCCAGAACUUGAAGAGGUUGGAAUACAAAUUGCACACAAGUGCAAAGGAUUGCCUUUAGCUCUAAAGGCACUUGCUGGUAUUUUACGCUCCAAAUCAGAGGUGGAUGAGUGGAGAGGCAUUUUAAGAAGUGAAAUAUGGGAGCUGCAAAGUUGUUCGAAUGGAAUCUUACCAGCGUUGAUGUUGAGCUACAAUGAUCUUCGUCCACAUUUGAAGCGGUGUUUUGCUUUUUGUGCAAUAUAUCCCAAAGAUUAUCUAUUUUGCAAAGAACAAGUUAUUUACCUGUGGAUUGCUAAUGGUCUUGUACAGCAGUUGCAUUCAGCUAACCAAUACUUUCUUGAGUUGAGAUCGAGAUCAUUGUUUGAAAGGGCCCAAGAGUCUUCUGUUUGGAAUCCGGGGGAAUUCUUAAUGCAUGACCUUGUCAAUGAUUUGGCCCAAAUUGCAUCUUCAAAUCUGUGUAUCAGGUUGGAAGAGAACCAAGGAUCUCAUAUGUUGGAACAAAGUAGGCACAUAUCCUAUUCAAUGGGCCAAGGUGACUUUAAAAAGUUGAAACCCUUGUACAAAUUGGAGCAGCUGAGGACAUUGCUUCCCAUCAAUAUCCAGCAGAAUUUAUACUGUCUAAGCAAGAGGGUGCUGCAUGACAUUUUGCCAAGACUAACAUCCCUAAGGGCACUAUCAUUGUCUGAUUAUCAGAAUGAGGAGUUGCCAAAUGACUUGUUUAUCAAAUUAAAGCACCUAAGAUUUUUGGACCUCUCUUGGACAAAGAUAAAAAAGUUGCCAGAUUCAAUUUGUGUACUGUACAACUUAGAGACACUACUCUUGUCACAUUGUAGUUAUCUUAAGGAGCUACCUCUGCAUAUGGAAAAAUUGAUCAACUUGCGUCACCUUGAAAUUAGCGAAGCUCAUUUGAGGAGACCCCUACAUCUGAACAAGUUGAAAAGUCUCCAUGUGCUAGUGGGAGCCAAGUUUCUUCUUACUGGUCGCGGUGGUUCGAGAAUGGAAGAUUUGGGUGAGCUACAUAACUUGUAUGGAUCUCUAUCAAUUCUAGAGUUGCAACAUAUGGUAGAUGGAAGGGAAUCUCUGAAGGCAAACAUGAGGAAAAAGGAACAUGUUGAAAGGUUAUCUUUGGAGUGGAGCGGAAGUUUUGCUGACAAUUCACAAACUGAAAGAGAGAUACUUGAUGAGCUACAACCAAAUACAAACAUAAAAGUACUCCAAAUUAACGGAUAUAGAUGGACAAAAUUUCCAAAUUGGCUAGCUGAUCAUUCAUUUCAUAAGCUAAUGGAAUUGUCUCUUAGCUACUGCCAGGGCUGUGAUUCCUUGCCAGCACUAGGACAGCUUCCUUGUUUAAAAUUCCUUAACAUUAGAGGGAUGCAUCAAAUAACAGAGGUGAGUGAAGAGUUCUAUGGUAGUUUGUCCAUCACAAAGCCAUUUAAGUCCCUUGAGGAGCUUGAAUUCGCAGAGAUGCCGGAGUGGAAGCAGUGGCAUGUACUGGGGAAGGGAGAAUUCCCUCUACUCGAGCAACUUUCAAUUGAAGAUUGCCCAAAGUUGAUAGGAAAAUUGCCUGAAAAUCUUUCUUCUCUGAAAAGAUUGAGAAUUUCAAAAUGCCCUGAACUCAGUUUGGAGACACCUAUCCAACUUUCAAAUUUAAAAGAGUUUGAAGUUGCUUAUUCUCCUAAGGUUGGAGUUCUUUUUGCGAAUGCUCAACUGUUUACAUCUCAACUUGAAGGAAUGAAACAGAUUGUUAAAUUAGUAAUUACUGAUUGUAAGUCUCUUACCUCCUUACCAAUUAGUAUUCUGCCGAGUACUAUGAAAAGUAUAGAAGUCUCUGGUUGCGGGGAACUGAAAUUGGAGGCAUCAAUGAAUGCUAUGUUUCUCGAGGAAUUGUCUCUACAAGGAUGUGAUUCACCUGAGUUGUUCCCAAGAGUACGCAAUUUGAGUGUAAGAAGUUGCAACAACCUUACUAGGCUUUUGAUUCCUACUGCCACUGAAACAGUCAGUAUUAGAGAUUGUGAGAAUCUUGAAAUACUUUCAGUGGCAUGUGGGUCUCAGAUGAUGACGUCAUUGCAUAUUCACGACUGCAAGAUGUUGAAGUCGUUGCCAGAGCAUAUGCAGGAACUUCUUCCAUCUCUUAAGGAACUGCAACUAUGGCGUUGUCCAGAAAUAGAGUCCUUUCCUGAAGGAGGAUUGCCCUUCAAUUUACAAGUCCUUCAGAUCGACUAUUGCAGAACUGGUGAAUGGCCAAAGGAGUGGCAUUUACAGAGACUCCCCUGUCUCAUAGAUUUCACCAUCCACCAUGAUGGUAGCGAUGAAGAGGUUCUUGCUGGUGAAAAAUGGGAGUUGCCUUGCUCUAUUCGAAGGCUUACUAUAUCCAAUCUGAAAACAUUAAGCAGCCAACUUCUAAAAAGCCUCACCUCUCUAGAGUGCCUAAAUGCUGUUAAUUUACCUCAAAUUCAGUCACUGCUGGAAGAAGGGCUUCCCUCCUCUCUUUCUGAGCUACACUUACAUCACCAUCAUAAUCUCCAUUCACUACCAACCGAAGGUCUUCAGCGUCUCAUGUGGCUUCGGUGUCUAGAGAUUUGGGGUUGCCCUAAUCUCCAAUCUCUUCCUGAAUCGGGAAUGCCCUCCUCCCUCUCUGUGCUGUACAUUUCUAAUUGCCUUAAUCUCCGAUCUCUUCCCGAAUCAGGGAUGCCCUCUUCCCUCUCUAAGCUAACCAUCCAACAUUGCUCUAAUCUCCAAUCCCUUCCUGAAUCGGGAAUGCCCUCCUCCCUCUCUGUACUGAACAUUUCUAAUUGCCUUAAUCUCCGAUCUCUUCCAGUAACAGGGAUGCCCUCCUCUCUCUCUGAGCUGUGCAUUAAGGCUUGCCCUAAUCUCAAAUCACUUCCAGUAAAAGGGAUGCCCCCUUCCAUCUCUAAACUAUUUAUUUACAAAUGCCCAUUGCUCAAACCACUCCUACAAUUUGACAAGGGAGAUUACUGGCCAAAAAUUGCUCAUAUUCCCACCAUAGAUAUUGAUUGGGAAUACCAGUAAUGAUUAAAAAAAAUUCACAAAGCGUCUAUUGCCAAUGUGAAGCUGAGGAAUCAUCUUUGGAUCGGGAUGAAUUUAAUUUUAGAUGACAUCAAAAAAGCGCUUGGACUAAGGAGAAUGGAGGUUUAGAGUAAUGCACAUGCUCACUCAUAAAUGCAUAGCUCUAAUAGAAUUCAGAGGUAUACAAGACACAAAGUUUGUUUCCUAUCUCCGUUUUUCUGUUUACAUUCCAUUUCCUUGUUUGUUAAUUCUUCUUGUUUUUCUUAGUAGUGUUGAACAGUGUGGAUCAUCUAUUGCCACUGUGUGGAGCGAAGCAUUUUCAUUCAAAUAUUAGAUGACAAAAAGAAAUUUGGCUGAAGAUAUAUACAGUAAGCUGAUAACUUUGGAGAUUAUGAAAUUUCCGUCAAAUUAUUCCCAUUAGUACUCAUCCUCGAGUGCGACCUCAGAACUAGGGGAAAGGCAAGGAAGUGUAUCCUACUCGGAACAAAUUCAAGUUCAACCUUGAUUAACAUUCAAUUGCUCUACCAAGUUCACCGGCUUAAAAAUGUUCACUUAAAUGGACUACAUCCAGUUGUGCCGAAAUUCUCUACUGAAUAGACAAAUAUCAGCUCAACUGUGAUCUGUCCGCAGAGUGUAGGUGAAGAAAGGUAAACAUGUUUAUCGCGAGAUUUUCUUCCAGCAGUAUGCCUAAAAUAUGCUCCUCUGGCUCAAAGAAUGACUACGCUUGAAAUGCUGAACCGCAUUUAGAUCAGCAGGUCCCAAGGCCAAGUUGAUAUGUCCAGAUGGUGUCGUCCACGAGUUUGGUAAUACUUCCAUCCUCGAUAUUACUCUGUUGUGAGCGAGUUUGAAGCAUCAAAUGGAAUUUUAUUUUGUAUGUAUGAUGUUAUUUCAAGUUAUGCAUAAUAUCUUAGUUAAGGUGAAGUAGCAAAUAUUGCUAUGUUUUCCUCAAGAAUGUUGAGGAUUGAGAUUAUAAGUGUAAUUACGAAAGACAAAGUUGAACCUCUUCGUAAUGACAUACAUAUUUUUGGCUGCUAUAGCGAAUGAUUGUUAUUGUUACACACCAUAAUAACAUUUGACGUUCAGAUCUUA